AUGGCCUUGGCAGUCACCAGCCACGCCGUGCUGUGCCUGCUGUGCCUGUGCCGGCUGCUGGCCGCGCGCAGUGGCUCGGUCUGCUCGGCACAAGAAACUGCCUACACUCGAGACAAUUGGCAGCUUCCUCUCGGUGUCACCCUCCCAGCUGCAAGCGAUGUGAAGUUCUUGUGGGAGCACUCCGAGGCGAACGGUGACAGCAAUGGCAUACACGUGCCGUGGUGCAACCAGCUGAAGGUGCUGUGUCAUUGGGGGGAUUCUUCAUUCUUGAUACACUGCGGCAUGACCUCCGUCUUUGCUGGGUGCCAACUGCCAAUGGAUCAACCAACCGAUAGCCGUCAUAUCUUUGAUGUGUGGAAGAUUGGGUUCAGUCUCAAGGAGAAGAUGCGAUCUGACGGGCUCAUUGGAACAGAGGAAAUGGAGAUUGUGCUGGCUGUCAAGAAUCUGAUGAGUGUGAAUGCAUCAGACAGCAAGGAAAUGAGGAGAGGAGCAAAUUCACUGAAAGGAGCUUCUCACAGAGCAAUUGAAGAGAGGGGAUCUUCGUGUGGCGAGUACUUGUGA